AUGAUAUCAGAUGCAAGAUUGUAUUUCCCUAAGCAAUCAGAAAUUACAGUUCAAAUAAUUUUACAUCAUAGAUAUACCCCUUUAGGCUCUAAUAGUGAGUGUAGCAGUGAUUCAAGUUCAGAUGAUAGUGAUGACAGUGAUGAUGAUAAAACUGAUGAUGGAUCUGAUGAUAAAGAAAAAAAGAAGUCUGGUUCCAAAAAGUCAAAAGUUAACAACUCUAAGAGUAAGUCUAAGAGAAUUGAAAGUGAUGAUGACAAAACAGAUGAUUAUGAAGAAGAAAAUAAUGAUAAUAAUAAAAAAGGUAAAUCAAGUUCUGUAAAGAAAAAUUUAAGAACACGUGGAUCUGCACGGAAAAAGAAAGAAGUAGAUACUGAUGAUGAAGCCGACGGGAAAAGUGGUGACAAGACCAAUGAUGUUAAUGAUAAAAAUGAUAUACCUAGUGCAGGAAAAAUAUCCAGACCAUGUCGUAAUAUUAGAAAUAAGAAAUAUAGUCUUUCAGAUGAUGAUGACCAGAUUGAAGAAGAUAAAGUUGAUGAAAUAAAUGAUAAAUCAAAACCGACAAGAAAGCAACCAAAAAGUGUUCCCUCAACAUGUAAACAGAGAAAAAGUGACAAAAGUAAUGAAGAUGCUCAUAAGGCUAGUAGUGGUGGAAAGGAAAGAUCUGAAUCAACAAAAGAGUUGCCAAGAAUUCGUCUGAUUUUGCGAAAAACCAAAAAGAAGGUUUCUUAUAGCGAAGCUGAUGAUAAACCUGUUGGUAUCAAUGAUGAACCUAAAUCCUCAGGUAGACCGAAAAAUAGCAUGUCUAAAAAAGGCCAGGAAGACCAGAAUGAAACAGAUUCUGGAAAAACUAGGCCAGCUACUCGCCGUUCUACAAGUAAACAGAAAACUGAGGCUUCUGAAGAAGGUGAUGAUAAAGAUUUAGAAACAGAUGCAAUAAAUUCUUCUCAGAAAGAUUCAAAUACACGUCGUUCAAUGCGUAAAAAGAAAAAUUGUGAUUAUGACGAAGCUAAAGAGGAAACCAUUGAUGAUGGUGAUACUGAUAAGAUGAGUGAUUCUCCUGCGAAAGGUAGAGCAUCGCGUAGGUCUUCCCGCAGGAAAAUAGAUUUUACUGAUGACGAGAAUGAAGUAAAGAAUGAAAGUGAUCACGAGGAGAGACAAAACUUAAAGCCAAAAUCUCGCAGGUCGUCUGGUAAAAGAAAAACUAAUGUAUCUGAUGAAGAGGAGGAUGAACAAUUUAACAACAUUGAUGAUGCAAAUGAUCUCUUUGAUUCUAGUAAGAAAAACAUUAAGACUCGUGCUUCAGGGCGUAAUCAGAAAAGUGAGAUUUCUGAGUUAAAUAUCGAAGAUAAUGAUGAAGAUGAUUUAGACGAUUUUGACCUUGUAGUUGAAACAACAGGUAGUGCAAAGAAAAAUGCCGAAAAUUGUUCUUCUGAUCCGAAGGAAGACAAUGUUGUUGAAAGUACUGAAAUUGAUUCCCCAGUCACAAAACCCAAAACUCGUCGUUCCUGUGGGAAGAGUAAAAACUAUAUUUCGGAUGAUGAAAACAAAAGUGAGGACAUUAAAGAAAAAAAUGAUUCACUAGAAGAAUUGCCACAGAACCGUCAUUCAUUACGGAAACGAAAAAUUCCUGUCAAAUAUGCUGAUAUUGAUGAUAUUGAAGACAGUGUGGAAAAUGUAAAGGAUAACACUGUGUCUGGAAAUAAAAAACGCAACACUCGGCGGACCUCUAGUCGACAGAAGACUGUUGUUACUGAUGAUGAUGAUGAUGAUGAUGAUGACUUUCAGGAUGAAACUGAGUCUGCUAAGAAAAAAGCCAAAUAUGUACGUUUGGCACGAAAAAAGAAAAUCAAUGCGGCUGAUGAUGAAAAUAAAGACAAAGCAGAUAAAGACGAUAGUGAAACCGAAAAAUCAGAUCCUUCUAAGAAUAUGCCGAAACUUUCUAUAGUCAUUGAUAAAUUAAAAAAUGACAUCUCUGGUUAUAAUAGCGGGAGUAAGAAUGCUAGUGAUGAAGAGGAAAAUCCAGAUUCCCAUGUUAAAGAAAAGCAGUGUGACUCUGAUGAUGGAAUUGAUGACAAGGCUAUUGAUAACAAUGAUGAUGAAAAUGAUUUUGUUACAAAAAAGUCAACAAGGAGUGGCUCCGCAGUGAAACGGAGGCAGAUUAGUUCUGAUAAUGAAGGUGAUGAGAAACAGGACACCGACGCUGAUGACGAUAAAGAUGAUAAAGUUAAAUCUAGCUCCAGCAAGAAAAAAUUCAAAAGGAUAAAGACCACAUAUACUUCUUCUCAAGAAACCUCCCAGUCUGUCAACACAGAAACUACUUCUUCUCAAGAAACAUCCCAGUCUGUGAACCCUGAGGAUGAAUUUGGCUUUGAAUUGGAAAACAGUGGCAAUGAAUCUGAAACCAAUAGUGUUCACUCAGAGCGAGGAAAACAGGGAUAA